AUCAUUCAACCAAUAGGGGCACGUGCGGUGUUCGUAGUACCCCCGCGUACUACUUCCGCGCGGGGGCGGGCGCGGGGAGGCGCAAGUGGCACGUGCAUCUGCCCCAGGGCGGCUGGUGCUUCUCGCCGCUCGAGUGCCGCGAGCGCGCCAACUCCCCCCUCGGCUCCUCGCGCUUCUGGGCCACGCGCCUGCCCGCCGUUGUUGAAAACGGCGGGAAGAUCAACAAUGCAUCCGAGUCGUAUCCACAGCUGGGCGGGGUCCUAUCACAGGACAGCGCAACCAACCCCUUGUUCCACGGGUGGAACCUGGUGUGGGUGGUGUAUUGUGACGGUGGCGCCUACAGCAGCACGCGGGGGAGGGCGGACCUGGGGGAGGGCGCAUCGGUAUACAUGCAGGGGCGGCAGAUUCUAGAUGAUAUUAUCACUGAUCUGUGCACGCAGAGGGGCAUGGGGGCGGCGUCGCAUGUCCUCUUCUCGGGCAGCUCAGCGGGCGGCCAUGCCAUCAUCAUGCACUGCGACCGCCUCGCUGCUGCCUUCCCCCACGCCAAAGCCACCUGCCUUGCCGACUCGGGCUUCUUCGUUGACGCCAAGGACCGCUUUGGGGUGUACUCGUGGCGGGAAUCCAUUCGGCAGCUCACCGCUCUGCACCUCAUUGAAGUUCCCAAAUGCCCUGCAGGUAAAAACAGCAUGAAGAUACCACCCACCAGGUGA